UGGGCGGGUAAAUGUUUUUCCUUAUAUGAACGCAACUAAAUUUUGUUAAGAGUUUGUUAACAGCCCGAGAUCUCGACUUGAUAUCAUGCUGAAACAUUUACCCGGUUCCUAAGGAAAUAUUUCCCAUAUUAACAGCCCCUAAGUUAAGUAAACAUAUAUUCGGUAUUGUUUAAAGAUGCGUGUUGUGGAACUUAAUUAUCAGACAAUAAUUUUUUAGAUUGUAUAAUACAUAGUAAACUAAAAAUGCGAUUUAACAUAACACCUUUCAAAGAGAAGAUAUGUCGCAGAAGAGUUGCAGUUGCCAUAGUUAUAAUGCAGAUUGUUUUACUGUUGCAGUAUUCUCACUAUCUAUCAUCAUGGCGUCAGUAUUUGCAAGUGAUGAAUAAGCCAUUAUUGUUUUUUAUGAAUUGCCAAGCAACCGUGCAUCAAAGUAAAAGCAAAGACAAUUCAAUCAAUUUGAAGGAACCUACAAAUAAAACUGUACACGUCACAAAUACCAUUCAACAAAGUAAAACCGAAACCAACUUAAAGAAGCCUGGUUAUGUUACAAAUACCAUUCAACAAAGUAAAACCAAAACCAACUUAAAGAAACCUGGUUACGUCACAAAUACCAUUCAACAAAGUAAAACCAAGACCAACUUUAAGAAACCUACAAGAGAAUCUGUUUAUAUUAAAAAUAAUCCAUAUUUAGCUAAUUUUAAUAUCAAACCGAAAGGAAAGAAGAAAAAGGUAACAUUAUUACUUAUUGUAUCAACUGGACCAAGAAGAUACGACAGAAGAGCAACUAUACGAAACACAUGGUGGCAGCAAUGCAAACCUACAGGAGAGGUGAAACCAGAAUGUAUCUUCAUGACAGAUGAACUUACUGAAAAUCAAGAAUUUUAUGACAUCGUCAAAAAUGAAUCCGAUACAUACCAUGAUAUGCAUUUCCAAACCUUAUCUGGUGGUAUAGAAUUUGGUAAAAGGUUUUUAUAUCAUAUGGUCUAUGCAGUAACGAAUUAUGAAUUCGAUUAUUUUCUGAGAAUGGAUGACGAUUACUUCAUAUGCAUGAAAAAAUUUCUUCAUGAAAUUCCAGUCCCAAUGGAAAAAUAUUUCCACUGGGGAUGGGUACAUGAUGUCCCAGGCAUAACACGUCCAGAAGAAAGCAUAAUUUUAUUUUCAAGGGAUGUUAUAGAAUUAUUUUUAUCACAAGACCCUAACAAAAUGUUAUGUCAUCCAUGGGCAGAUCAAAUGAUAGCUGCAUGGUCAAAAGAGAUUGAUAUGAAUGACUUGUUUCGACACGAUGCACGGGUACACCAUCACCCCCCGGUGCGUGACUUACCCAGCUUAAAAUAUAAGGUCAACAUUUGUGAAAAUUAUAUAGCGGUUCAUGGAGCUUAUCCAGAAGAAAUGAACUUACUUUGGAAACAUAGAGGUGCGCAGUUGAGUGAGAACACCUUAAAAGACAAUGCAUAUGUUGUUUAUAUUUCACACCCGUUUAACUGGCAAAUAUUUACUUAUAUAUGGCAAUACGAGCCAAAAUUAUGUCUUUUAAACCCUUCCUGGGAUACUUCGAAACAAUUUGUACUUAACGGUACAUAUUCAGGUCGGCAAGAAGAAGACCAACAAAAGAAAACGUGAAAUGGAUUGGAUGGUAUACAUAUUUUUAUAAAAGAUACGCGCGAUAACUCGAAGUGCUAACUGGUGAAAAACAUUUGUGCCAAAAAAAGAAAUGUAAAGUUCAAAAUUUAGCACAGAAAUACCACGCUGAUGUCGCCACGAAACAGUAAUUGUUAUUACAAGCUCGUGAGCUUGUAUUAAAACACAAAUGUGUCCCACAAGAAUGGAAAUUUUUUACAAGCUCGUGAGCUUGUAUUAAAACACAAAUGUGUCCCACAAGAAUGGAAAUUUUUGCCUCUCUGAGCACCGAAACGGGAGUUGUCGUGUGUUCGAAUCUCACCUUGGUAAUUAUUUUUACUUUUUUUGUUGCUGUUAUAUAAGUGUUUAAAAGCAUCAUUUAACUAACCGAUAAAGUAAAGGUGUUUCCACCAAAGUUGAAUGUAGGCAGAAUUAGGGUCUCCCAAAUAUGCCUGGAAAGUAGUCUGCAAAAAUUUGCAGACCACUAAAGAAGAUCUUACAAAUCAAUUUUGAAAAAUAACUGCAUAGUGCGUAACAACUAUUAUUGCCUAUC